AUGAGCGGUCUCGCCGAUCCUCCUCCGUCCAGAACUCCCGUCGCUUCUGAUGCGCCGCCGGGCAAGACACGACAACUGCCCGUCCUCUCUUCCUCCGUUCCUCACUCGGCGCGUCACUCCAUGGGCGAUCCCAUGGAUGUCACGCCCGCGUCGACGCCCGCAACGGGCGCCGGUGCCCCCGUCCACUCGUCCGAUGGCGAUCGACCAGGCGCAAACAAGACCCUGACCUCCAAUGGCUCCGGGGAUCACAGCAAUGUGAAUCGGAAUCAUACCCCUCCUGGUCAGGCUAUCGGAGCUGCUGCCGCCGCGCAGCAGCCCAAGGUCGUGCAAACCGCCUUCAUUCACAAGCUUUACAAACAAUACUUCAAACAUACCAAUAUCUCGUCGUUUGUCCGACAGCUGAACAUGUACGGGUUUCAUAAAGUCAGCGAUGUCUUCCACACCGGGUCGCCCGAGUCCGCCCUCUGGGAGUUCAAACAUGGAAAUGGAAAUUUCAAACGCGGCGACUUGGUGGGAUUGCGCGAAAUCAAGCGGCGUGCCUCACGGCAUGCCUUGAUCCAUCGCGACUCCUUCCCCAGCCAUAAGGCCGCCGCCUCUCAACCGGGGACGCCCGCCGAACCCGUCCCCGAUGCCACCGAAGCCCGCCUGAUGAACCUAGAACAUACCCUGUACGACAUGCAUGGCCGUCUGACCCGCGCGGAGGAAGGGAAUGUAGCUCUCAACGCCCGGUGUCAAGCCAUGGCGGAAAGUCUGACAAGGUGCUACCAUUGGUCCCAUUCCAUCUCGCGCUUUCUGCAGGGCAUGAUCCCUGACCGCGAGAGCCUGUUAUACCGCGAUGUGACCAACAUGCAGGCGGAGCUGGAAAAGCACCUGGACGCGAUCCGCGCGCUGGAACAACCGCCCGACCCAUAUCUAUCCGUCCGACAACCCUAUAUUCCCACGGUCUCCGUCGACCCCGGCCCGCCGUUGUCCCCGCGCCAAAUGCCGCAUGAUGAGCGCCGGGGGUCCAUGAUGGAUACCGGUCGAUCGGGCAUGAUUCGCCCGCCCGUCCCGUCUCAUUUGGCCGUCUCCCCUCGUCGGUAUGGAUCCAUCGGGGGUCCCAAUGCCUCCCCAAGCUACAAUCGCUCGCAGGCUCCUCCCGCGCCACCACAACCUCCGAUGCCCCAUCCUCUUUCUACUGCGUCGUCGCCGCCAGGUCCGAAUCUGGCUCGCCGGCAUACGUCGGCCGAUAUUCGACAGCAUGGCUGGCCGCCACCGGGGGUGUCUCCCUUCCCCUCGACCCACCAAUCGGGCACGGCCACAGCGCCCUGGUCCCCAUCCCCCCAUCGGACUCCGACCUCCAGUGAACAGCAAGUCCGAGAGGUCCUGGCACAGUAUGAGAUGGGUGCACCGCGGCGGUUUCAAGAAAACUCCCGUCACGCUACACCGCCGUUGCACCCCGACCAGCCCGCUCCACCCCCAAACGACAACGGUUGGGGUUUAGGACCUAAAUUCCCUCGUCACGAGUCGUCUCUGCCGGCGACUCGGCGUUCUAGCAUGGCCAGCAAUGUCCACUCCCUCCUCAAUCCUGCUGACACCGCCGAACGGCCCGACGAGGACCAGUAUGCGGACGAUCGAAAACGGAAGCGGUUAGAAUAG